UUAAAUGUCCUGAAUGCACUAAUACCGAAAUGCUAUCUGCUGAUUUAAAUCACAUGCGCGAAAGAUCAGCUUGCAUUGACAGGUUUUCCAGCAUUUAUGGUCGCAUGCCAUUGCGCAGCGUAGAAUUUCGGGCAGAUCCUGUACUCUUUAGAGAUAACUUCCCUGAGAAAUUGAAGCGAUUUAAUGAUGUUGGGAAUUUGUAAAUAAUAUUCGUAAAAAUGACUUUUAAUGCAUCGAUUUAUAAUAUUAUGUAAAAAAUAUACUUGAAUGCCAUAUAAUUAUGUAGUAGGAAUGUAGAUAUACUCGUACAUAGUAUGUAAGAAUAGACGAUUAAGUUUAACUGAACAUUUUGAAAAUAACGUGUAUUAUGUAUUGUUGGUGCAUUUUACGAGCUAAUAUUGUGAAUGAAUAAAAACAUUGCAAUAUUUAAACAAACAAGAAAUUUUCAAGGCAAUUAAUAUUUUAUAAAUACUUACAGCAACUCAUACAUACUGUAAAUUGUUAAAGUUCCGUUACUAAACGUGUCUGAGAAAGAAAAGAGAACUUUGUUAAAACGGUAGAUAUUGAAGAAAAAUCGCAUAAAUUUGAAGGAAAUGUUUGCCUCCAAUAAUCGGAAGUAUUUGGUGGAACCUGGUUCCAAACCAUCUAACUCGUGUCAACGAUUUGUUGCCGCUCUAAAUGGAAAGCGUGAAACGGCUGAAAACUUAUUACAUAAAAGUUACACCUUUGACAAACCUUUAAAACAGAUGAAGUUAUCCAAUGAAUAUUUCUUAAAUAAACCACAAACUAAAGGACGAUUUAAUACCACAGUCUUAACAUCGAACGCACACCGAAAUUCGGAAUUUUUCCUCCUACCACUUCCACAACCAAAAGUCACACCAUCGGUACAAAUAAAGGGGAGUUUGAAUAGAACCAUUGACGUUGUUGUUAAAGAUUUUCGAGACGAGCGCUUUGAUGUACAAGGAUCAAAUUCUUCAAUGAAAGAGUAUAUGAAUUCAUUCAAGAAUGGGCGAAAUAAAAUGGCACUAGUGGGACGUGUGGACUUUUGUUUAAAAAUUCAUAAAGUGCACCCAACAUUGGAUGCCUUAUGGGAUGUUUACGGGCAAUUAAAAAAAAUAAUUACUGGAAAACAAAGAGGAGAAAAUGUCUUAUUGUUGCGAAAUUUGGAUGGAGGACCAAUACUUCUAAGUAUUUAUUAUGACUUCGCGUUGGUUGGAUUAGAUUCAGGUUGUUAUUUACGAGCCGUUGGUCGUUUUAUUGGAGAAAAUCGACUACAUACGUUCAAACUUAAGAGGAUCGAAGAGGAAGAGUACAUGCAGUCGGUACGGUGCUUUAACCGAAUUCAAAACGUUUCCUCCUUUGCGCUGCUACAGAAUGGAAAUUAGAAUUUUCUUUAAAAACAAUAAAACAUAGUGAAAUGUUAAAUAUAUGAAAAUAAGCAGGUAUAUUUGGUUAGUCAUCUACAAAGUAGUAUUACAGUAUACUAAUACUUUUCUGAAUACUUAAAAUAAUUUGUACUUAUUUUUUCAAAUUCAUUAAUCAUAUUUUCUUAAUGGUUACUAUUUAUGAAUAAUACUCAGACUAGUCUACACUACUGAAAUCACAAUACAAAAAUAUAGUGACUAUUAAACCAGAAGCUAAAGCCAUUAUAUAACCCAAAUGUAAGGCACUGCGUCGUUCGCGGAGGUAUCUAUAAAUGAAAUAAAAUAAAAAUGAACACCAAAUUACAGUAAAUAUAAAUUUU